AUGUCGAAGAAGGACGUUGCUAAGAAAGCUGCAAAGGAAGCAGCGACGAAAGAUACUCGUGCAAAAGUCGAAAAGACGAAUUUGAUUGUUGUCGAAGAAGUUGGAAAGGCUGUGCCUGACGUGCAAGAAGUGCUGAUGAGAACAUUACUUCCUCCAGGUGAAUGCUGCUUUUGUCCCUCGAGUGGUGGUGUUCGGAUAUAUUCCACGAGCCCGUAUCGCGAUGACAUUCAUGCUGCGGAUGUUAUGCAGAUUGUGCAUUACUUUCUUAUGCAGCCAGAGCUUCCACAUCUCAACGCAUCGAAAAUCACGUUGCGCUAUAACGACCAUGCAGUGUUGGAAAACUACCAUGUCGCACAAUCCUUCUUGGUUAUGAAAAAUGCUGAUUUCAAUGUGUUGGGCCAACUUGCCUUGGAUGACUUCAAGCGUGACAUGAUCAUUCGAGCAACCGACAUGGCUAAACAGAAACUAGUACACUUUCUUCAAUUUAAUCGUGUCCGUAAGUUCGUCUACUGA